AUGACCGCGCUGUUCAUCGCCCUGGUCUCGGCCCUAGGACUGGCGCUUGGUCACUCCGACCAGGGCACCGAGGAGGAGUUAGAGCACUCAGGAUACAGCACCACAGAAGAAGAUAAGACGGAUGAAGUGAACACCAGCGCCUUGACUCUGGUGAGCACGGAAGUGUUAACUGCAGAUACGAAUUCUACACUCACGGAUGAGCCCCCAGACCCGCAGGGGUUCGUGCUAAUGGUGGCGAUCCCCCUGGCGGCACUGGUCAUUCUUUUAUCUGUGGUUCUCCUUGCCGUCUACCUUAAAAACAGGAGACACAAGCAAGAGCCUUCCAGCCAAGGAUCUCAGAGUGCCUUGCAGACAUACGAGCCCAUUGGCGAAAACCUGAAAGUCCCUAUUUUUGAAGAGGAUACACCCUCCGUGAUGGAAAUAGAGAUGGAGGAGCUGGACAAGUGGAUGAGCAGCAUGAGUAGGAACGCCGACCAUGAAUGUUUACCUACUUUGAAGGAAGAAAAAGAGCCAAACCUCAGCCCAAGCAAAACGUGGGCCGUGAAGACGUGGGACUUGCUCAGUCUCUUCACGAGCAACACGGAGUGUUUCUUUUUCUUCCCAUAUUGGACCCAGAGGCCUGCAGGCUACAAGCCCGUGUGCGUCCCCUGCGGUUCCGAGAACAAUCCACGGGAGAACGCUGACGGGAAGGGCCAUUAUGGUCACUGA